CAUACCCCAUAUAUACAUACACUUAGAAAGCUGACCCGAGAAAGGAAUUUUCUCUGGGAAACGUAAUUAGAAAACCGAGAGAACCAACUAGCACGAUGUAAACUAGUAUAAGAGAUCAGCAGUGUGACUAUAUACACAGGACCAACACUAAAAUCAAUACCUUCUCUAGACAUCAGUAGUAACCAAUUAGAAAAUAUAAUUUUUAAAAGAAAUUUUUCAUAAAAACUCAUAUUGUUAAUUAGGAAUAAAAUUGACAAAAAGGAAAGUUUUAUGAGGAAAUCUAUAAAACUUUAAGGAUAUUUUAAAUCUCAACCUCUUCCUCUGUUUCCUUCUAACACUUAUUUUUGAAGGUACUUUUAAAAAAUUCGAGUUUUGUUGCUUCACUGGUUUUUGUCAUCCUCUCCCCUCAUUCGAUUGUAAACUUGAGGGCAAGGAAGACCUUAAUUGUCAUGUUCCUCAUACAUGUUCCUCAACACUUUUCACAGUGCUUGGCAUAAAGCUGGCUGACCCUUUGUACCUGUAAAACGCGGAAGCACCCGCAGUUCCUCUUUUUCUCUACCUACUUUGUCGCACAUUACGCAAUAAUGUACAGAAAUUGCUCCAGGCCUCCCACGUGACAAUGCCUCCGCCUGUCACGCACCCAGCCAAUCAGAGUACUUGGCACCUGCGGCGGCGCUCUCCCCCCACCUCACCCGCAAGGCGGCACGAGCCGGAAUCUUCCAGUCUCAGGCUGUUUGUUCCCCCAGCGGGGCAAUGCGACUGCGUGUCGCUUCCUGAUUGGCCGAGAGUUGCGGGCUGCGUGCGCAGGCGCCUACCUCUGUUACUUAGGGCGGGAGCCCGGCGAGGGCGUCGGUGCUUUGUUCUGUCUGAGGCCAGGAAGUUUGACCGCGCUGCCAUGCCGAACCGCAAGGCCAGCCGGAAUGCUUACUAUUUCUUCGUGCAGGAGAAGAUCCCCGAACUACGGCGACGAGGCCUGCCUGUGGCUCGCGUUGCUGAUGCCAUCCCCUACUGCUCCGCAGACUGGGCGCUUCUGAGGGAGGAAGAAAAGGAGAAAUACGCAGAAAUGGCUCGAGAAUGGAGGGCCGCUCAGGGAAAGGACUCUGGGCCCUCAGAGAAGCAGAAACCUGUUUUCACACCACUGAGGAGGCCAGGCAUGCUUGUACCAAAGCAGAAUGUUUCACCUCCAGAUAUGUCAACUUUGUCUUUAAAAGGUGAUCAAGCUCUCCUUGGAGGCAUUUUUUAUUUUUUGAACAUUUUUAGCCAUGGCGAGCUACCUCCUCAUUGUGAACAGCGCUUCCUCCCUUGUGAAAUUGGCUGUGUUAAGUAUUCUCUGCAAGAAGGUAUUAUGGCAGAUUUCCACAGUUUUAUAAAUCCUGGUGAAAUUCCACGAGGAUUUCGAUUUCAUUGUCAGGCUGCAAGUGAUUCUAGUCACAAGAUUCCUAUUUCAAAUUUUGAACGUGGGCAUAACCAAGCAACUGUGUUACAAAACCUUUAUAGAUUUAUUCAUCCCAACCCAGGGAACUGGCCACCUAUCUACUGCAAGUCUGAUGAUAGAACCAGAGUCAACUGGUGUUUGAAGCAUAUGGCAAAGGCAUCAGAAAUCAGGCAAGAUCUACAACUUCUCACUGUAGAGGACCUUGUAGUGGGGAUCUACCAACAAAAAUUUCUCAAGGAGCCCUCUAAGACUUGGAUUCGAAGCCUCCUAGAUGUGGCCAUGUGGGAUUAUUCUAGCAACACAAGGUGCAAGUGGCAUGAAGAAAAUGAUAUUCUCUUCUGUGCUUUAGCUGUUUGCAAGAAGAUUGCGUACUGCAUCAGUAAUUCUCUGGCCACUCUCUUUGGAAUCCAGCUCACAGAGGCUCAUGUACCACUACAAGAUUAUGAGGCCAGCAAUAGUGUGACACCCAAAAUGGUUGUAUUGGAUGCAGGGCGUUACCAGAAGCUAAGGGUCGGGAGUUCAGGAUUCUCUCAUUUCAACUCUUCUAAUGAGGAACAAAGAUCAAACACACCCAUUGGUGACUACCCAUCUGGGGCAAAAAUUUCAGGCCAAAACAGCAGCGUUCGGGGAAGAGGAAUUACCCGCUUACUAGAGAGCAUCUCCAAUUCUUCCAGCAAUAUCCACAAAUUCUCCAACUGUGACACUUCACUCUCACCUUACAUGUCCCAAAAAGAUGGAUACAAAUCUUUCUCUUCCUUAUCUUAAUGAUGGUACUCUUUUCAAUUUCUGAAAACAAUAACAGGCCCAACUUCCUUCUCAUUACAGUCAUAUUAAACAGGUCACAUCAAUGACAAAUGUCACUACUAUAAAAACUACUUAAUUUGUAAGGAAAUUGUUUCAUAGAUUUAAAAAAAUUGUGGUUGGAGAGCAUCUUGGCAUUUGUGCUUUUUUUCUUGAGGGAUUGUUCUGCUUCCUGGCUGUAUGAUGGGUAUAUCAUUAAAGUUUGGAGUCCUGUAUGAACAAAA